CGGGGCGGGCCCAGUGCGUGGCAGCGCCCGCCGGCCCCGUCGCGAAGUUUCCAGUUCAGCUCGAGUCUCAGUGCCCGCGGAUCGUACCCAGACCUGGCUAUGCGGCCCCUGCUGCUCCUGUCCCCGGUGGCCUGGCUCCUUCUGGCCCAGGCGAAGGACGACGCCAAACUGGAGGACAACCUUCUGGUCCUCACUGUGGCCACGAAAGAGACCGAGGGCUUCCGCCGCUUCAAGCGUUCAGCCCAGUUCUUCAACUACAAAGUUCAGGCACUGGGCUUGGGGGAGGACUGGAGCGCGGACAGCGGACCAUCAGCAGGUGGAGGGCAGAAGGUUCGGCUGCUGAGGAAGGCUCUGGAAAAGCAUGCAGACAAGGAGGACCUGGUUAUUCUCUUCACUGACAGUUACGAUGUGGUGUUUGCCUCGGGGCCUCGGGAACUCUUGAAGAAGUUCCAGCAGGCCAAGAGUCGGGUGGUCUUCUCAGCUGAGGAGCUCAUCUACCCCGACCGGAGACUGGAGGCCAAGUAUCCAACAGUCUCUGACGGCAAGAGGUUCCUGGGCUCUGGAGGCUUCAUUGGUUAUGCCCCCAACCUCAGCAAACUGGUGGCCGAGUGGGAGGGCCAGGACAGUGACAGUGACCAGCUCUUUUACACCAAGAUCUUCUUGGACCCGGAGAAGAGGGAGCAAAUCAAUAUCAGCCUGGACCACCGCUGCCGAAUCUUCCAGAACCUGGAUGGAGCCUUGGAUGAAGUCGUACUCAAGUUUGAAAUGGGCCAUGUGAGAGCGCGGAACCUGGCCUAUGACACCCUUCCAGUGGUCAUCCAUGGCAAUGGGCCCACCAAGCUACAGCUGAACUACCUGGGCAACUACAUUCCGCGAUUCUGGACCUUCGAGACGGGCUGCACCGUGUGUGAUGAGGGCCUCCGCAGCCUCAGGGGCAUUGGGGAUGAAGCUCUGCCCACCGUCCUGGUCGGUGUGUUCAUUGAGCAGCCCACGCCAUUCCUAUCCCUGUUUUUCUUGCGGCUGCUGCGCCUACGAUACCCCCGGAAACAGAUGCGGCUCUUCAUUCACAACCAUGAACAACACCAUAAGCUCGAGGUAGAGCAGUUCCUGGCAGAGCACGGCAGUGAGUACCAGUCCGUGAAGCUAGUGGGUCCUGAGGUACGCAUGGCCAACGCGGACGCCAGGAACAUGGGCGCAGACCUGUGCCGCCAGGACCUGACAUGCACCUACUACUUCAGCGUGGAUGCUGAUGUGGCUCUGACGGAGCCAGACAGCCUGCGGCUCCUGAUUGAGCAGAACAAGAAUGUCAUCGCCCCACUCAUGACCCGCCAUGGGAGGCUCUGGUCCAACUUCUGGGGAGCACUGAGUGCAGAUGGGUACUAUGCCCGCUCUGAGGACUACGUGGACAUUGUGCAGGGGCGGCGUGUCGGCGUCUGGAAUGUGCCUUACAUCUCAAACAUCUACCUGAUUAAGGGCAGUGCCCUGCGGGCUGAGCUGCGGCACGUAGACCUGUUCCACUACAGCAAGCUGGAUGCCGACAUGAGUUUCUGUGCCAAUGUCCGGCAGCAGGAAGUGUUCAUGUUCCUGACCAAUCGACACACCUUUGGCCAUCUGCUGUCCCUGGAUAACUACCAGACCACCCACCUCCAUAAUGAUCUCUGGGAGGUGUUCAGCAACCCUGAGGACUGGAAAGAGAAGUACAUCCAUGAGAAUUACACCAAGGCUCUGGAGGGAAAGCUGGUGGAGACGCCUUGUCCGGAUGUCUACUGGUUCCCCAUCUUCACGGAGACGGCCUGUGAUGAGCUGGUGGAGGAGAUGGAGCACUAUGGCCAGUGGUCUCUGGGUGAUAACAAGGACAACCGUAUCCAGGGCGGCUAUGAAAACGUCCCCACGAUCGACAUCCACAUGAACCAGAUCACCUUUGAGCGGGAGUGGCACAAGUUCCUGGUGGAGUACAUCGCCCCCAUGACUGAGAAGCUCUACCCUGGCUACUACACCAGGGCCCAGUUUGAUCUCGCCUUCGUUGUCCGCUAUAAGCCUGACGAGCAGCCUUCGUUAAUGCCUCACCACGAUGCCUCCACCUUCACCGUCAACAUCGCCCUCAACAGGGUCGGGGAAGAUUAUGAGGGCGGAGGCUGCCGAUUUCUGCGCUACAACUGCUCCGUGAGAGCCCCAAGGAAGGGCUGGGCCCUCAUGCACCCUGGACGGCUCACACACUACCACGAAGGGCUUCCCACCACCAAGGGCACCCGCUAUAUUGCUGUGUCCUUCGUUGAUCCCUAACUGGCCGGUGCCUGCCUGCUUCUGUUAGAUUUUUCUCUUCAUUGACAACUACUGCCCAGCAGCCCCCGGGACCUCUGGGCCCCAAGGAACCCAGUCCAACCUCCGAUUCCUGAAUUCCUGUUGCUCUUGAAGCUGCCAGUUGGAAAGAUCGGGCGUAGACCAGAGAUGGAGCGCCCCUCUGAGACUGGGGCUGCCCAUGGUGCUCCCACCAGUCUCAGGAGACGGUGGUAAUGUUCGUCUGCCUGGAGUUCCCGGGCCUCCUCCUUCCUCUGACUUUCUCUGGGGUCAGACUUCUGCUGGAGCUGCCCAGGAGACUGUAGAGUCAGAGAAGCUAUGCCCAGAAUACCUGUGGAAGAUCUCGCCCCUAGGAUUCUGUCUCAGGUGUCAGUGCCACCAAGAUCUGGGCAUACCCACCCCCAACUCCAGCCCUGGACUUAGGACUGUUGAAGCCCCCUCCCCCCCAGUCUGUGUCGCCGGAACCAACAGUUGUCUCUGUUGAGACUGUGACUCAGAAAUCCUCCCAGAGGGGCAGGAAAGACAUCUGUGCCACAGCUUGGUUCCCUCCUGACCCUGCUUGGGGGUGGGGCACGAUAGGUCCACACUGUACUGGGUCAGCCUGUCCCGAUGCCUCUGGAGACAGGGGCAGAGAUGAGAGUUCUAUUAAACGUUGUUCAAACCAC